AUAAAAGGUUGAGAACCGCUGCUGCUAAGCCUAGGCUAGUCUACUGUAACAUUAAUGUAUCCUUACACACACCGUCCUUCAGUGGAAGCACUGCUUGUUCACUUGCUACUAAGAAGAUAAUUGCUUUGAUGGUGCAAACAAAAUUGGCUAGAAUUUGUCUACUCAAAAUCCAGGGGGGGGGGAGGUGUGCUAGUGCAACACCUUGCACCCCCGUGCCGGCGCCCAUGGUCAGCACCCAUCUUUCAAGUGUUGACGUAAGUUGUCUGCCGCUGGAGAGCGAGCUUCUAGUAAGGGGAGACUAUAAGGCAGGGGUUCUCAACCUGUGGGUCGCGACCUCCUUGGGGGUCGAUUGACGAUUUGCCAGGGGUCGCCAAAGACCAUCGAAAAAAUAGAUUGUUAUUGUCUAUGCAUCUAUUGCUGUAUGUGUGUGUGUGUGGGGGGGGGGGUCGCGGCAGAGUGGUGGAUUGUAAAAAGGUGUCGCCGAGCAUAAAACGAUGAGAACCGCUGCUAUAAGGUCAUAGGUUUAACCAGCAGAGCACAGCAAGAAAAGUCCAAGGGAGAUAGACGACUUCUCUUAAGAUUUGGAUUGACCUAUUCCCUAGACUACAUUGUUAUUUCAACAUGACAAAGUGUUGCCAAUGUUUGUGACAUGGAUUUUAUUAGUUGGCUACACAACUUGAUAGGCUUGCUAAAACCAUUAUUUCGAGUCCGAAGAUUAAUGAGAAAUACCCCAGCUGUGACCUACAUAUAUUGGCGCCAUAAUUGCCAUUUACCUUAUAUGUCACGUUUAGAGUCUCGACCUAGAUCUAGCUGUGAUAGGCUCUAAUUUGACGAUAUUUCCUAAAUCAACAAUUCGUUCAUUGGGCAGACUUGGCUCUAUAGCUUUGGUCUGCAGCCAGUCUAGGAGACGGAAACUCCGAUAGAACACCUACGGCUAUCUGUUGUUCACAGCCGUCUCAGACUUCUGUGCUGCUGUGGACUACAUUUAGUUUAAAGAGUGGCACUUGGUCUGCGCGAGCCAAUUAUAACUUUAAAAAAUACUUUGCGCUGGCUGGAAGCAAUACAGUAUUUUAUAUAAUUACUUUAUAUAUCAGCUGAUAUGCACACGCAUACAUAUUUUUCAACUUAUUACCUCACAGAUGUGUUUCUUUUUUUCUACAAGCUGUCUGGUAUGAGGGCACAUAUAUUUGUGACUUAGAUCAAGGGAUCACGGUUUAGCUAAGAGAUUAUUUUUAAAAUAUCAAUAAGGCAGAUGGUACAUGUACACAGGAAUGUUAAAGCUCUCGCCUUCACUUUCUAUUCUGUAACGAAAUAUGAGAUCAGGAAGCUGAGUGCGCAUAAAUAGUAAACACAUCGAAUACCAAUAAUAGUUAUUGUUAUUUUUUUAAUCUUACCUAUAAAUAAUACUUCUGUGUCUAGAAGUGUUGCAAUGUUCAUGUUGUGUCCACGGAUUCAUGUAUAGGCUCCUUAGUAUUGUGAAUAAAGUUGUUGAGAAAAACGUUUCGUGGUAUUUAAGCCUGGAGUCUUGAAGUUACUUUGUUCAGUACCACAAGGGAUAUUUAAAAAAAAAAUAAAACAUAAAAUGUGGAUUCUAAAACGAAUUCAUUUUGAUGGUCGUUUUUUUCUCUUUAGAUUUAUUCCAAAAGUGUUCGCUAUUCUGCUGACCUUAAGUAUAGCUUACAUUCUUCUAGAACUCUCAAUCUUUAAGACUAUUUCCUUUAACAAAUGGGACAAGUCUGAAAAAUACAACAGCAGUGUUAGGAAUUUCUCGCUCCAGCAGGAAUCAGCAGUAGAUGAUGGAUUCUCGAGAACGCCAGAAGAACUAGCCUGCCAAUUUUUCCCUCUAGACCCAUACGAGCCAAGCAUUUUAAAACUCUCAGGUCUUGAUAAAAAGACUAUAGAAUGUUCAGGCUACAUGCCGGAUCUAACCUAUAUAAAUGGAGACAAACUAAUGAUUGAUCUAGACAAAGCAAAAGCAGUGGCUAAUUUUACAUCUUGCAGUUAUCAAUCUAUUUAUAGACAUCCUGAUUCUGAUAAAGAUGUCAAGUUUGGAAAUUGGAGCGAUUGGUUUACGUCCAGUAUUGAACUUCCGGAAGGGACAGAAUUUAUUGUCGUUGUGUGUAAAGACAAUCAAACGAAUACAGUUUCCAAGACGUAUCAUGCACUUGUUCCUAAGCACGAGAAGGUCACUGAGCUAGAUCAGUUGAGGCUCAAGAAACGAAAAGUAACGACGCAACCUAAAGAGACUUUAAAUAUUAUAAUAGUCGGGAUGGACGGGGUAUCUAGGAAUCAACUUUUGAGGGGAAUGAACAAAACGUACACAUUUCUAAUGAAAGAUCUUCACUCGUUCGACCUGUCAAUGUAUAGUCAAACUGGAAUCAACACUUUUCCAAACUUUCUUACACUCUUUUCCGGCAGCUCCGAAGACGAGGUUUCUCUGUGGUGGCACAGAUCGAAUCACCUGGAUCCGCUGGACACCAUUUGGAGAGAUUACAGCAACGCGGGUUACCGGACUUUGUACACCGAGGACUUCCCUUCAAUCGGGGCCUUUCAUUUCACAAGGGAGGGCUUCCUUUUUCCCCCGACAACAUACUAUAGUCAUCCUAUCUGUGUAGCCAUAGAAAAAGACAAAGAUAUCUGGCGUUCUGGUAGGCAUUGUAUUGGAAAUCAAGCCGAGAUCAAUUUUCACUUUAGUUACAUUCUUCGUUUUCUUAAAACAUUUAAUAAGUCACCAACCUUCGCCACUGCAUUCUUUACGAAAGUAUCUCACGAUGAGAUGACCGAAAACAAGAGAGUCGAUGAACACACGUACAAAUUUUACAAGACCCUCAAAGAUGAUGGCCAUCUCAACAACAGUUUGCUAAUUACUUUUUCCGACCACGGGCCCCGAUGGGGUCCAAUACGGUCAACGCUUCACGGCAUCAUGGAGAGUCGUUCGCCUUACGCUGUGCUGACCUUUCCUUUGUGGUUUCUGGAAAAGUACCCGGAUGUGGUCAAGAACGUGGAAAUCAACACAAAGCGUUUAACAAGUCAUUAUGACUUAUACGCGACACUUGGAGAUCUUCUUUACUUCAAAUCACCUGGGGAUAUUCCGCUAGGUCCAAGAAAACAUGGGAUAAGUCUUUUCGAAGAGAUUCCUAAAAACAGAACGUGUCCGGACGUACCCAUUCCACCGGAGUUCUGUUUAUGUAACCAAGAAGAAUUGAAGGAGCUUCCUAAAAAGUCCAACCUCUCUAUAGGCCUCGCUAAUGUUGUUCUCACCGCCGUCAACAGCAAACGAAACGAAACUUUAUGCAGAGAACUCAAGCUGAAGGAUAUUUUACUAGUAGUCGAUGUGAGUCUACCGUCUUUUAUGUCCAAAGAGAAGCGGAUCUUUAAGAUUAAGUUUGAUGCUUCUCCUGGGGGCGCCAUCUACGAAGGUACGGUCCAGACCAAACCAUGUGAGGAUAAAGAGCUAGAAGAUUACUUUCAAAAGAUUAAAUCCGGAAGUCAGGAGAAUCCUCUUGGUGUGACUGUUGGGGAUUCUAUCGACAGAUUAAAUUUCUAUAAAGGCAAAGCGGACUGUGAGCCGGAUUCCUUCAAGAAACCUUACUGUCAUUGUAAAAAUGUGGAAUAGUUUCACGAAACUUUUCUAAAUUAAUUUAAUAUUUUAAGAACUAUUCUGUACAUGUAAAAAAGAUAGAAAAACAUGUAAAUGUUUAUUAACUAUAGUUUAUACUCGUUUACAAACACGAUGCAACACAAAAGGGAAAAGUCUCCAGAAGUUAAUCCCGAAAUAAACAACUUGAUAUUUGGCAUAUCCUCUUUGAAUACCCCAUUCAAAUUAGGUUGAACAAAUAAAGGUAAAGAAAUCCUAGUUAAUAUCUCCGUUUCUCUCCAUGAGUAGUCAUUAUCUAUAUGGAGAGUUAUAAUAACAAGCCUUGUCAAUAUCAAGUUGCAAACAAGCCAUACUCUUCGAAUACAAAAACAAAGUUUAAUAAAAUACUCAGAAAGACACAAAGAUAAAGGUGCAUUCCUCGUUCCAUGUGCUAGGAUUAAUUUGUACAAAUGCUCCUUAUUCCCUAUCGCUAUUAGAGCAUAAAAUGGGUUGCCUGAACUAGCCAGGAAAACCAGUGAUUUGGCAGAAUUUAGGUCGUUGGUUAAUAUGCAUGACUAAAUGCAUGACGCGUAGGACGUAAUCAUCUUCUUUUGAAGUAACGUCUGUAUUAUAUAAGAUAAGAUAAGAUAAAAUAAGAUAAGAUAAGAAGAUAAAUGAGGAAUGCAGUAUUUUCCGUGGCUACGCUGCCCCAGCUGCGACCUACAUAUUUUGCCACACCCAAUGCAGAUAUAACCAUUUUCCGCCUUUGGUCGAUUUAUAUUUCGCCGUCUACCUCUGUCCUCGGUACAGGAUUUUCUUUUGGCCUUUUGGUGUAUUCAGUGGCCUUUGGAAGUGACCUGCAGCUCAAGAAAACGUGUAGACUACUGCAGACAUUUCAUUCUAAUUCCCAGUUCCAGGACUUCGGACAUGUAAAGGGAUUGGAUGAACAAGUAAUUAAAUAAUUAUGAUUAUUGUAUUUACUUUUUUAACAUUUACCUUUCACAAAAAGGUUUCAUUUACUGCACUCAGGUAAACAAACAAUUUUAAUGUUAUUUUCUUAUUACUGAGUAUUAGUAAUAUCCAUUUAGCAUGUGGCCACCCCCAUUUAAAGGUAGGGCACGAUCGUUCUUGUGUAUAUUUUACUAUAUAAUUGUAGCAUAAGCAAGGAAUUGAUUUUUUCAAAUUAUUUGCUGAUGACAAUAAUGGCCGCAAUCUUAUUCAUUCUAUCAUCGUAUUCAUUUUAUCAUUACAAUCCUGUAAUCAUAUUCAUUCUGCCAAUCAGGUUAAUUGAUUUUGUUUAGUAUACUUUUAAAGGGACUUUUUUUUUCUAGAUGACUUCAUUUUACAUAUGACAGGGCCGGCCUUAGGCUUAGGAAAACUAGACGUGGGGCUUGCACAAGACAAAAAAUUUUUUUUUUCUAGAGAAAAGAAAUAGUUAAACAUGGACCCAACCACAAACAGAGCAAAACUCUAUGGCUCUAUGUCUACUUGCAUAGCUAUUCGUUAAUGAUAAGAUCUACUUGUUAGACUACAUAUGUUAUAAGACCUUGUUUAGAUCUACUUGUUAGACUACAGAUGUUAUAAGACCAAUGAUAAGAUCUACUUGUUAGACUACAGAUGUUAUAAGACCAAUGUUAAGAUCUACUUGUUAGACUACAGAUGUUAUAAGACCAAUGAUAAGAUCUACUUGUUAGACUACAGAUGUUAUAAGACCAAUGAUAAGAUCUACUUGUUAGACUACAUAUGUUAUAAGACCAAUGUUUAGAUCUACUUGUUAGACUACAGAUGUUAUAAGACCAAUGUUUAGAUCUACUUGUUAGACUACAGAUGUUAUAAGACCAUUGUUUAGAUCUACUUGUUAGACUACAGAUGUUAUAAGACCAUUGUUAAGAUCUACUUGUUAGACUACAGAUGUUAUAAGACCAAUGUUUAGAUCUACUUGUUAGACUACAGAUGUUAUAAGACCAAUGAUAAGAUCUACUUGUUAGACUACAGAUGUUAUAAGGCCAUUGUUUCUUCCUCUUCGUGACAUGUCCAAAGUUUUUUCUAGUCUGGCAAUCAUAAAUCGUCCAUGAAGUCCAUUCAUGCAAUCGGCGCUGUAUAAAUUUAACUUAUUUGUUGAUAUAUAUAUAUAGAUAUAGAACACUGAACCAUAAUAUUUAAAUACAAAAACAAAAUUCAAUAAAAUACUCUGAAAGACACAAAGAUAAAGGCACAUUCCUCAUCACCAAUGCUAGGACAAAUUUGUACAAAUACUCCUUCUUCCCUAGUGCUAUUAGAGCAUGGCAUGGGUUGCCUGAGCUAGCCAGGAAAACCAAUGGACUUAAGUCAUUGGUUAAUAUGCAUGACUAAAUGCAUGACGCGUAGGACGUAAUCAUCUUCUUUUUUGAAGUAACGUCUGUAUUAUAUAAGAUAAGAAGAUAAGGUUUAUAAUUCAUUGCGUCUUAUUUUUUUGUUUUUGUUUCUUUUUCAUUCAGGGCCUACAUUAACAUAAGACUGGCCCUGGUUAUGGAUAACUCUUCAAUGUUUUGAGUUUUGAAAAAUGGCCAGUGUGUAGUUUUCAUAGAGUGUUGAAUUAGUCCAGUAGCGUCUAGUGCAGCGGUUCUCAACCUGUUAUGCUCGGCGACCCCUGUUUACAAUCCCCCACUCUGCCGCGAACACCAACCCCACACGAAUACAGCAAUAGAAGAGUAGACAACAACAGUCCAUAUUAUCGAUGGUCUUAGGCGACCCCUGGCAAAUCGUCAAUCGACCCCCAAGGGGGUCGCGAUCCACAGGUUGAGAAACCCCUGGUCUAUUGGGAUGUUGUGUUGAUGAAAAAGUCCUGGUUGAUCUUUUGCUUGUUGUUAUCAGUUUUCAGCAAACACACUUUUCUGUUACGUUUCUAUCCCCUUUAAGAUGGGUCAGUGGUAGAAACCAUUUCGUGCUUGUGCAGAUGAGAAGAAGGAGAUAUGUGUGUGAAUAUGAAAGAAUAUAGAAGCUCUUCAAGAAUCAGAAACUGUUGUACCAUUGUAUAUAUACACUUGGUCGUGCGGUAUGCUCACUGGACUUUCGUUCGGAAAACCCCCGUCGUCCUGUGGGAGGUUUGGACUAGGAAGUAGAUUAUCUUCAACUCUUAAGGAACAUCCAAAACAUGUUAAACAUUUUACAAAGAUAUAUAUGUAGAAUAUUGAUUUUGUAAAGUUCCCCUUUUAGACCAGACCUUGCGGUCUGUAGGGCAGAUGAUGUUAAGGUCAUCUGUUUCUAUGGACAACGGUUAACGAGCGUGGUGUCAUGUGGCCAGCACAACGACCAAAAAACUUUACUUUCCCAAACUAGAGUCAACGCUUAACCACUCACGCGACCCCAAUCUUUGAUUUUGUGUAUCCCAAAUAAGAAGUCUCGAGGGAUGCUUUAAAUGAAACUAUCUUUAUUGUUCCACUAUUUUGAUUUUUUCUGAUUUGCUUAUUAUUUAUUAGUGACAUUUAUUGCUGUUAUUUAUUAUUUUUCUUAUUAUUAUUUCUGUAAGUAAACAAUUUAUGUGUCUGUAUUUAAAAUUGACUAUAGUUGCCAGUUAUUAAAAGCUAAUUAUAAUCUUCCUGACACUACCAUUGUUUUCAGUAGCCAUCAAUAUUUCAAUUUCUUGAAUGUCAAAACAAAGGUUAUAAUUUAACCUCGUAUUUAUAACAAAAACAAAAAUAAGUUAAAUAGGUUAACUUUAAUGUGAAUAUAUUUUAUGUCCCUGCCUCUUUGUUAUCACUGUGGUUUUGGAAAUCCAUUCAGCGAGAAGAAAGGUUUUUUUAUUGAAAGCAACAUGCUGCUAGUCAAUACAUGUUUUCAAAGAAGAAUAUUGCUUAUGUAAAAGUAAAAAAAAAAAUGAUAUGGGCGAAGCACAGCUGACUCUUUCUUUGUUCUCAAAGCCAUGUCUUUCAAUCGGGUUUUUUUGAUAAUCUAACGAUUUUAGAUUAUGUAUCUUGCAAUACCUACGGAGCUGUAAACAUAGCAUAGGGGUAGACAACUCAACUAUCUUUCUAACAUCAAACAACUCAUUUCGUCUGUCUUACAUAAUUCACUCUGUUAGAUUUAUAAAUAUAAUUGUCCGCUUAUCAGGUUGACUUUAUGAAUUUAUAUCAUGCAUAUAGCCAAAAGCUUAAACAUGUUUACGAAUUUAUAACAAUGGAGUAAAUUGAAAUAUACGAUGUACAAUUCGAACAGGAGACACCCUGUUGUUUAAUAUUUUAUUUUUAAUUCCAAUGUAACCUCUGAUAUUUCCAAAGAUAUAGUGAAAUAAUUAAAAGCAGAUCAACUUU